UGUGACAUCUGCCACUCGCAUUUUUUUUUACGAUAAGCAAACUCAAACUUAUAAAUAGUAUCGUAGAAAGUACGAUACGAACAGAGUGUCAGAAACAUCAUCUAUAAGAACUAGCAAUUUCAAUUUCACCAUGGCUAAACUUGCGACCUUGAUAGUACUAUUUCGGUUAGACACAGUGGCGCUCGACCCGAUCAGUCAACAUUUCAGCUCAUUGUCAUGCAUGGAGCUGGAAGACGGAAUACUGAUAUCUAGUCCACAUCAGUGCGAUAAGUUUUCCUACUGUGGGGGCGGGUCACUUAGUGAGGAAGUUAGCUGCCCACGAGGAUUGCUCUUCAAUCCCGACACCCAAGCAUGUGAUCUUCCGGUAAAUGUGAACUGUCGUGAUAUACCGCUGCCGCCGUGGAUGGAUUCUCCUGAAAUAGAUAAAGCUGGAAGAUGCCCUAAGGAAGAUCCAGAGGAUCCAUUGUUCCUGCCUGUGGUAGAUGACUGCAGUCCUUUUUAUAUAUUGUGUUUUCAUGGAAGAGAAAUAUCUAUGUCAUGUUAUGCUGGACAGUACUGGAAUGCUGAAACCACGACAUGUGAUAAACCCGAAAAUGUGAAAUGCAAGAUCAAUGGAGACACACACGACUGUCCGGCGGUUGGUAUUGAAUUUCUUCCUCACCCAGAAAGCUGUGGAAAAUUUAUUUAUUGCCGAGAUGGUUUUGCACGUUUGCAGAGGUGUUCUUUUCUUAAAGUAUUUGAUAAAGAUAAGAAGGCUUGUGUUUAUGGUACACAGUGUUAGAAUGAAGCAUGCAUGUAUCGAAACAUUACACUUUUUGGACUACAGCUGUACCAAAUACCAGAGCAUGGACCCAUUACCACCACCUGAAAUCAAUGAGGCUG